CCUUUUAUUUUUUCUCCUCGUCGUUUUCUUUAGUUUUUGUUCGAGUUGCCUGCAGCCUUGCAGGAGACUUGAAUCAAUUUAGGGUUUAUAUAUGCAAGUGAGAAACAUACGUCAUUCGAAAUUUCAUACUUUCAACGAGGUUUGUAAAUUUUGAAGGAGUUCGGGCAACCUUUGUCACUACUCAUACUUUCAACGAGGUUUGCAAAUUUUGGAGGAGUUCGGGCAACCUUUGUCGAUAUAGCGACUGGAUAUGGAAACAACGGAAGCAGCUCAGGGUUCCCUUGGUCCACGUUAUGCUCCUGAUGACCCUUCUCUUCCGAAACCGUGGAAGGGACUGAUUGAUGGAAGCACUGGACUUUUAUAUUACUGGAACCCUGAAACAAAUAUCACCCAGUAUGAAAAGCCAGCUUCGUUGCCUCCUCCUUUGCCUUCAGGCCAGUCACCCUCGACUUCUACUCCUAAGCUGGCUCCAAUUCCUGUUGUUAAUUCGACACAACCAGAUGGUGUGGUGGCUCAGCAAGGGCAGCAGCAAGUAACACAAUUUACUCAACCUCAGGGACAACAUUUUAGUCAGUUAUCUCAACAACAUGGGCAAAUAAUGGCUCAGCAGCAAGGUCAUAGUGUCCAGGUUUUCGAUCAGCAUGCAUUACAACAUCAGGGUCAACAAUCGGGGCAAGUCAUCCAACAGACAGGGCAAUUUGCUCCACAGCAAUUGAGGCCCCAGAUGGUGCAGUAUCCUGGUCAGCAUAUCCUAUCAUAUUCAUAUAUGGGGCCACAGGUGCCUCAACAAGCAGGCCAGAAAAUGCCUCAGCAACUGGGACAUACAAUGCAACAACAUGCCUUUCAGCAGAUGCCACAGCAACUAGGUCAGCAAACACUGCAGCAUCAAAGCUCACAGAUGCGACAGCCACAACAAGGACAUCAAUAUAUCUCUCAGCAGUAUUUGGGAUAUCAGCAAAGCAUGCUUCCUCAAGGACAACAAAAUUUGCAGCAACAGACUCAAGCUAGUGGUCAGGGGCAGCCGAUUCCUAAUCAACAAGAGUAUAAGGCGGCAGUCCCAAAGAAGGAAGAAGUUGAUUAUCCUCAAAACCAAAAAGGGUUUUCUCCUUUUCAGCAGACUAGCAGAUCACCUUCUCAAAAUCCUCCUGCUGGAACCCUUUCCAUUCAAAUGCCACCGAUAGGAGCUCACAUGGGUCAAACUGCACAUUUUAGUGGCUCCUCAGUCAACAUACAGCAGCAUGCCUCUGUGUUGCAGCAAUCUGAGCCAGAUAAUAUGAUUCACCAACAACAUGAUGCUAGGUUUCAGAAUCAGAUGGACCCAGCUACGAUUCAUGGUCAGCAGUCUACUGCUGCUCCAACUGGGUUGAAUAUGGGUAAUGAGGAUUUGCCUGGUAGAGCUGGCAAUGAUUACUACUUCAAUUCCAAUAAGGAAGGGCAAGUAAUGAGUCCCCAUCAGCCCAAGCUUGCUGCCAUACCACUGCCAAGGAAUCAACAGGAAAUGAGGUUCGGUGGUGCUUCAUUUCAGCAUGUGGCACCUGGUCGUGCUAGUGAAUUAAAAGCCUUUGCAGGGCAUCCCAUGCAUAACACGAAUGGUCCGGCAGCUGGUGCCCCAACAUUUUCAAGUCAUGCGAUGAUCAGGCCUCCAUUUGUUGGAUCUUCUGAUGUUACUAAUCUGUCACCCGUUCAACUUUACCUUCAACAACAUGAAGUCACUGCAACAGGUGACAACGUUCCAGCACCUUUCAUGACUUUUGAAGCCACUGGUUUCCCUCCAGAGAUAUUGAGGGAGAUUCAUUCUGCUGGGUUCUUAUCUCCCACGCCAAUCCAGGCACAAACAUGGCCCAUUGCACUUCAAGGUAGAGAUAUUGUAGCAACUGCUAAAACAGGUUCUGGUAAAACACUGGGUUACUUGAUCCCUGCAUUCAUUCUUCUGAGGCAAUGGCGUAAUAAUCCUCAGAAUGGCCCAAAAGUACUGGUUUUAGCUCCAACCAGGGAACUUGCAACACAAAUACAGGAUGAGGUCAUCAAAUUUGGCCGCUCUUCAAGGGUCCACUGCACAUGCUUGUAUGGUGGAGCGCCCAAAGGCCCUCAGCUGAAAGAAUUAGAUCGGGGAGCAGAUAUUGUUGUUGCAACUCCUGGUCGACUCAAUGAUAUUCUUGAAAUGAAGAGAAUUGACUUUGGGCAAGUUUCACUUCUUGUGCUUGAUGAGGCAGAUCGUAUGCUUGACAUGGGUUUUGAACCACAGAUUCGUAAAAUUGUGAAUGAGAUCCCUCCGCGAAGACAAACGCUUAUGUUCACAGCAACCUGGCCAAAAAAAGUAAGGAAAAUUGCGAGUGACCUCCUUGUAAAUCCUGUCCAGGUGAGCAUUGGUAAUGUUGAUGAACUUGCAGCAAACAAGGCCAUCACUCAGUUUGUUGAAGUAGUCCCACAAAUGGAGAAGGAGAAGCGCUUGGAGCAGAUCAUUAGAGCGCAAGAAAGAGGUUCAAAAAUCAUUAUUUUCUGUUCCACAAAGAAGUUGUGUGACCAGCUGGCACGUAGCAUUGGACGUAAUUUCAGGGCUGCUGCAAUUCACGGAGACAAGUCUCAGGGAGAGAGAGACUGGGUUUUAAACCAGUUCCGGAGUGGAAAGUCCCCAAUAUUAGUUGCCACUGAUGUUGCUGCCCGGGGUCUUGACAUUAAAGACAUAAGGGUAGUAAUCAAUUAUGAUUUUCCAAAUGGGAUGGAGGACUAUGUCCACCGUAUUGGAAGAACAGGUAGAGCUGGUGCGACUGGAGUUUCAUACAUCUUUUUCUCGGAGCAGGACUGGAAACAGGCAGCUGAUCUAGUUAAAUUUUUGGAUGGAGCCAACCAGCAUGUGCCUCCAGAGGUGCGAGAGAUGGCUUUACGUGGUGGACCGGCUUUUUCUAAGGAUAGGGGUGGGAUAAGCCGUUUUGAGGCUGGUCAUAGUGGUGGUGUGCAUUGGGAUUCAGGAGGCCGUGGGGGAAUGAGGGACAAUAGCUUUGGUGCACAAGGCGGCAUGAGGGAAGGAGACUUUGAUGGACGAGGCAGUGGAAUGAGGGAUGGUGGGUUUGGAGUGCGAGGCGGCAUGAGGGACGGUGGCUUUGGUGGUCGAGGUGGUGGAAUAAGGGGUGGUGCUUUUGGUGGACGAGGUGGCAUGAGGGAUGGUGCUUUUGGUGACCGUGGUGGGAGAAGUGAUUUUCUUUCUGCCCGUGGAAAUAGGGGACGGGGUUUUGGUGGCACUGAUGGUGGUAAUAUUGGCUGGGGCAGAAAUGAACGUGGUCCAUAUGAGCGGCAUAACAACUUCAAUGGGCGUGGAAGUGGGCGUGGACGUGGGAGAUUUGAUAGCAGAAGAGAUGGUUCUGAUAGAAGUAGAGGUAGAAGUUUUAGCCGUAGUCCUGAAAGAGUUCGAACAUGGGGUUAUAGCAGAAGUCGCAGUCGUAGCCGGAGUAGUAGGAGUCGCAGUCGCAGUUGGUCCCGAGACCGUAGUCGCAGCUGGUCCCGAGACCGUAGUCGCAGCUACAGCCGUAGCCCUUCCCGCAGCCGCAGCCGUGUUCGUAGUCCUUCCCGCAGUCGCAGCCAUGGUAACAGUCAAAACCAUAGCCGCAGUUAUGACAGAUACCAGAGGCCACAUGAAAAAGAACAUAAUAGGGAUGCAACAAUUCCAGAAUGUGAGGCUCCUCUUAAACGGGGGACGUCACCCAUGUCUCCAGGCAUGAAGGAGGAAGCAUUUUCAGCAGCUGAGCCAGUGACACAGCUUCCAGUGGUUGAUAGCACUGAACUAAUGGAUGCUGGAGCAGCCCCUGGUCCAUCAGUCAGUGCUGAGUGAGUUACAUGCCGGUGAGAGUUAAUUAUAUUUUGUUGGGAGUUGAGCAUGCUGUCGAAUUCUUUGUAUGGAUACCCUUUUUGACGCUGAGUUGUGGCCACCGCACCUCUAGCCAGGCUGUGAUUACCUGCUGAUAAAUGUGGGAUUGAUGUUUUAUGAUUUAUUUUUGAUAAACAUGUUUUCCUCAGACUCUCGUUUUGAACCCACCAAUUCAUUCAAACCUUGGAUGCAAUUCAGUUGUGUGUUGUGGAA